AACCUCAGUUGCCCCCAACUCACAAACGUUGUCAAGUUGCCGCAUAUACAACUAACUAACUCAUUUCACUGUGCAUUUUUAUUAUUCAUUCACUUGAAAAACAAACUUUCAUACUUUUCAGGCAGGGUUUCAACAAUGAAGAUGAGCAUGAUGUUGAGCCCACAUACUCAACCAUCUUUACUUCAAAUACCCACUGGCCGGAGCAAUUUAUCAGUCGUCAACUGCCGUCCACAGAAGGAUAAAGUAGUGGUGGUUUUGGGUGCCACCGGUGCCGGAAAAUCAAGACUCUCAUUGGACCUAGCCGCACGAUACCCCGCCGAGAUUAUAAAUUCUGAUAAGAUUCAGGUAUAUGAAGGUUUAAACAUAGCUACAAAUAAAAUCACCCAAGAAGAAUGCGCGGGUGUCCCGCACCACUUGUUCGGAAUAGUUGAUCCUGAGGCGGAUUUUACUGCGGGUGAUUUCGUUACCAAAGCGUCGCAAACAAUGAAGUCGAUUGUAGGAAGAGGUAAGCUUCCGAUCAUAGCUGGUGGAUCGAAUUCUUUUAUCGAAGCAUUGAUUGAUGAUCAAAACCAUGAGUUUCGAACAUGUUACGACGUGUGUUUCUUGUGGGUUGACGUAGCCAUGCAUGUGCUGCAUGGUUUUGUUUCCGAUAGGGUUGAUCGGAUGGUGGCUGAUGGAAUGGUGGAAGAAGUUAGAAAGUUGUAUAAUCCUAAUGCGGAUUAUACGAAAGGAAUUCGACGAGCUAUUGGAGUGCCAGAAUUUGAUUUGUAUUUUCGGGCUGAAUAUUCAUCUUCGGUGGAUGAUAAAACUCGCGCUAGGUUAUUAGAAGAAGCGAUCGAGGAAACGAAAAUAAAUUCUUGUAUGCUCGCUUGCCGGCAACUUGAGAAAAUUGAGCGGCUAAGAAAGGUUAAAGGGUGGAAACUUCAUCGGCUUGAUGCUACCCCCGCUUUCCAAAAAAGGGGUGCAGAAGCCGAUGAGCCAUGGACGAAGAUGGUCGCUACACCGGGGUCGGUGAUUGUGAAUCAGUUCUUGUUUAAUAUUGGUCAUUCCCAGAGCUUUGUUAAAGUCGUAGACGAUGGUCGGAGGACGCCUAAAAGAGUUGUUGAUGAUGGCCGGAGAACGACUAUAAGAGCCGCAGAGAUGGUCGCCGUAGUGUAGAAGAAAUAACGUUUCAUGAUUGAGUUGACGGACAUAUAUGGACAAUUUUUUGCGUGAAUAACUGGGAAAGUCGCCAGAUGGGUCGAGUGUGUUAUACUUAUAUAGUCAUGUAGAUGACCCAUGCAACAACACAAUCGUGUACCAAGUAAUGUUGUUUUGCCCCGGACAAGACAUUUAUUGUUAUAUUGUCCGGUACAAGUAAAGAUGCAUGUUCAUCUGAUUUUUGGGUAAAAUCAUUGUGAACACUGGAAAUUUUUUGUAUUUUCACCUUUAUUAAUAAUAAUAUAAGUUUGUUUUG